GCUACCUGAGCGAAACACAACUUUUGAUGUGUCUUCAGAAUUAUGGCCUUUAUCCCGGAAAUGUCAGUAAACUUCUGCAAAUGCUGGACAACUUCAUGUUGCAGAGUCCUGAUUUCGCUGACCGCUAUUAUGACGACCUGAAAGCCAUUCAUGUAUAUGUCGUGUCCUACCGUAGUCUUGGCGCUGUUGGAGGCGAACGCUAUCUCGAGUGGUACGACAGAACCGGCCCUGAAGAUAUUAAGCCAGUUAUAUCGAAAAUUGCGACUGGCAACGAUGAACUGAAGGAGGCGAUCGAAAUGAAGGAUGAAUCGAUCGACGAUCCGACGAUGAUCAAAGUGAUUUCCGCGAAGGAUGUAAAUGAAAUUUUCAGUGCAAUGUUUUUUGGAAGCGGCGUAAAAAAAGUCGAGGCGUGUGCCGCCAUUUCGCGAGUUAUAUCGACUCUUCUUACCCCGACUUCGCUCGUGUCGUCUUCCACGUUGCCGAUGCUCGUUGUCAACUGGCUAUCGCGAAAACUGUCACAGUCUUCACGACUGUCGCGUGCGUUAAAGGAUAAUCAGGUGCCUUCGCUGUCCCUGUUUCGAUCGCUGAAUCUGGUAAAAGAUGUGAGUAUCCUUCGUUGUUUUUACUGUAUUGAAACAUUUACAUAUUUCUUAAUUUUUUUCCUGUCUUCGCUAAUCUAUUUUACACAAACGAACAUUUUGACUUGCAUCAUGCGUUUGUCAGACACCUUUUAAUU